GUGUUAAAAGGGCAGCAAACGCACGCGCGGCGCGGGAACGACCCAGGGGACCGAGCACGCACAAACGCAGCCCACAACUAGCCCUUCUUUCAGCAACCGAUGUCCAAGCCCGUGCCUGCAGUGUUCUGGCGGGCGGUAGCAGCUGUAAGCGACAAGGAAGCUGACGAGCAGGGGCCCCGUUGGCAUGCAGACCGGAUGGUGUACGGGAAGUGGCGGGAGCCAUUUUAGGGCGGGCAAGGCCCGCGCCUCCCUCAUUUACCAACGCAGCGCCUCGAAAACUCGUGAUUCCCGCUAAACCCUAUUACAUAGCUCCUGCCCUAGCUCCUGUCAUCUCCAGCAGACCAGCCCGCGCUCCGCAGCUUGAACGCCAUGGCCCCCGCCGGCUGCUCAACACGUCUCGCCUGCGGCCUGCUGGGCUUGCUGCUGCUAAUUGGCGCGGCAUCCUGCACCCGACAGGACCCCGCGGGCGUAGAGUAUGGGUCAUUUUCACACCGUCGGCGAGUCCUGCAGAACCCGGACCUGCCCUCGCAGCGCGACAGCAACCCGUCCUGGAUGAACGGUGGCUCCAGCGGCGGCGGCGGCAGCAGCAGCGGCGCCGGCAGCGGCCCGCAGCAGGCCACCUACACCUCCAGCCCCAUAGCUGACGUACGCAUCUACAACGGCGGGUCGUAUGGCGCGGACUGGAUUGACUCGUCGUACGGCGUGCGGCCCUUCACCCAGUACUCGCCCGCGGGCCACACGGGCGGCGUGGCCAAGUGCAGUAUUCUGCCGUACGGCGCCGCCACGUCCUUCUUCGACAAGAGCGCCGGGGACUUCACUGGCCGCAGGGCGCUGGAGCUGUUCGUGUACCGCGGCUCUUCGGAUGCCGCCAUGCCUGACAUUACCAUCGCGCUGGCCGGCCCUUCGACUGCCUGCGCCAGCUCCAUCCACUUCUCCUCGCUGCUGCCCUCCGCCGACGUGACCGCCUCCGGCUGGGUCAAGUUCUGGGUGCCCCUGGACUCCGUGUUUGGGGGCGGCAGCGCGGGCGGCGGCGCAUUCCAGGGCUGCCCCGCCUCGGAUGGGAGCUACCUGUCAUCUGGGUCAGUGGUGAAGAUCGACCUGCGCAACGACAACAGCGGCUACGACGCGCUGGUGUGUGUAGAUGACGUUCGACUGGCGGCCUAAGAGGAGGUUUGAGGAUACUGGGACUGGCGUUUCCUUAGCGGUGACAGUGUGGAGAAGCUGUGGGCGUGCCCGUGGAUGGGAAUAAAGGUGAUAGUUGUGCAGAGGUGUGAAUGGAACUGGCGGUGAGCAGGACGGAUGUGUGUGCAGAGUGUGCACACCUCGAGUUUUACACGCGUCAAACAGCGCUGCAGGUGGAUGAAACUUUCGCAACGUGCAUAGAAGACUGGUGGCAGGAUGUGGGUGCGGCAGAUUGCGAGGCAGGUUGCGCGGUUUACAUUUAGACAUGGAACGGUAUCCACGUAGUGUCACACCAACACCAUACACCCUCAGACCCUCGGUCCAAGGUGUGUAUUGGUGUAAUGCAUGUAGAAU